GAUAUUAUUUUAUAUUUAAAAUAAGAAAGUAAGUUAUUGUCUCUUUAUGUCUAAAUCUAGAAUUUUUAUUUAUGUGAAGUUCAUCUGACAUUGAGCCUUCAUCACGUGAAUUCUGGUUUUAAUCUAAAAGGUUUAAGGAUUCUAACCUAAUAACUUAACCUGAAAAUGGGUCAUAAAAGAAAGGGCCGAUGUGUGAAGCGAAAUAAGCAAAUAAAUGUGGGAGAGAAGGAAGAGUUGGUGAAAGCACCUCAUUCCUUUGUAUUCCAUCGUGGGUUGCCAGGAGAUCAUAUCGUUGAUCUUACUAAAGAUUUUCGCAAAGUUAUGGAACCUUUUACAGCUUCAUCCUUGAAAAUUCGAAAGAAAAAUACUAUUAAAGACUUUGUCUCUAUCGCUAGUGUGCUGCAUGUUAGUCACAUGUGCAUAUUUACAAAAACGGAACUGGGAAUGUACCUUAAGCUUUGCAAGUUGCCUAGAGGACCUACACUUACUUUCAAGAUACAUAGUUUCUCCUUGACACGAGAUGUUAUAUCUAUGUUAAAGAAGCAGCUGGUAUAUGAGGAAGCCUUCCAAAGUUCUCCUCUAUUGGUUUUAAAUAAUUUCAGUGGGGAAGGCAUGCAACUAAAACUUAUAGCUUCUACUUUCCAGAAUAUGUUUCCAACUAUAAACUUGACUACUAUUAAUUUGAGCACAAUCCGUCGUUGUAUAUGCUUGAAUUAUAAUAUGACGUCUAAAACCAUUGACUUCAGACAUUAUGCGAUCAAAGUGGUACCUGUAGGUUUAUCAAGAGGCAUAAAAAAAUUAGUGCAAGCUAAAGUACCGAAUUUAUCUAAAUGUCAAGAUAUUUCGGAUUUUUUAACAAAACCGAUCAUGUCUGAAAGUGAAGCAGAAGAUGAUGAAAGUAGUCAUGUCAUGUUAUCACAAAAAUUGUCUUCAAGAGGAAAUCAGGUUAAUUCUAAAAGUGCGAUUAAAUUAUUCGAAUUGGGACCGAGAAUAACAUUGCAGUUAAUCAAAGUGGAGAACGGACUCCUCGAUGGUGAAGUACUUUAUCAUGAAUUUAUACAUAAAACCGAACAGGAGAAACUUGCAAUAAAGAAAAGAAGAGAAGAAAAGAAGAAAUUGAAGGAAAAAAGAAAAAGAUUUCAGGAAGAAAAUAAGAAAAAGAAAGAAGCACAAAAGCAAGAACAUAAACAGAAAUCAUUGAAAGGAAUUCAGAAGAAGAGAGAAAAUGAUAUGCUCCUACAAAAAAUUGCGAAGGAAUCUAUUGAAAAGAGUAAACUGGAGGAAGAUGACGAUGCACAGUAUUAUCGCGAAGAAGUAGGAGAAGAGCCUGAUAAAGAUUUAUUCCAAACAAAAACUGGUACAAAAAGGCCACAUAAGCACAUAAUGAGAUACAAGCCGAAGAAAGCAAAACUCGACAAAUCUUAGGGUAAUAUUAAAUAAUUGUCAAUAACUAAAAUAUCUUGGAAAUAAAAUGUUGUAUUACACGUACAAAUGUCAACACAUUUUUGCGAAACAUCCUAUUAGAUAUAUAAACGAAAGCACUAUUCAGUUCGGCCAGA